AUGCUAAGACGGUUCACAAGACAAGGCAUUGCGCCGUUUAUAAAAUUGCAAUGCAGAACAUUAGCCACAUCUUCAAAUGACCCACCACCGCCGCUGCUGCCACCACCACCACCACAUAAAGAUGGACUCUAUUUCGGCCAAUUCACAAAACAAGAAUACGAAGAGGCGGCUCGUGCCAUCAAGCAACAAAUCGCCAAGCUCGAAGGAGAAAUCAAAGGCGACCACAACUUGCGUGAGAACCUCGGCAAAAUGGCCCAGUUCCCUGCCCCGUCAAGCGACAGCGCAUCAUCCCCAACGGAAAUCCACAACUUGACAGAUUUCUUCCGGCAAACCAUCAAAUUAACAGGCCCCAUCCCCUUGAGCGCUUACAUGCGACAAUGUCUAACUCACCCGGAAUACGGGUAUUAUACCACGCGGAACCCGUUGGACUUGCGCACGGGGGACUUUAUCACCUCGCCCGAGAUCAGCUCGGUGUUUGGCGAGAUGAUAGGCGUGUGGUUCUUUAAUAUCUGGCAAACUAGCAAAAACGCACGGCCACCGCGCAAGAUCAGGUUCAUUGAGUUUGGGCCUGGUCGAGGCACGUUGAUCCAUGAUGUGAUUGCCACGUUCAACAAGUUUGUUGCCAUGGUGAGCCAGGAUUACGUUCCGCGCAUAGAGGUGGUUUUGAUUGAGGCUAGCCCCACGCUACGUCGCGAGCAAUGGAAGUUGAUUUGCGGCGAGGAGAACGAGUUUGCCGUGGAGGACUCGGGUGUCAAUAGAGCUAAAUCGAAAUGGGGCAAUGAAGUCGUGUGGGUCGAUACCGAAAAGGCCAUCCCUCGUGAUGCUGGUGGAGAUGAUGACGCGCUGGUAAAUUAUAUCGUUGCGCAUGAGUUCUUUGAUGCGUUGCCGAUAAAGAGCUUUGUCAGGGAAAAAGAAGGCUGGAGGGAAUUGGUGGUUGACCACACGCCGAGUGUGAACAACACUCAAUUGAAAUUGGCGUCGUCGCCGGACAAGGAAAAGAAGGAGGGGGAGAAGGGGGAGCUGGAGCUGUCAGAUACGUUGGAGGAGACUCAGUUCCAUGUAAGUAUCUCGCCCAAGGAAACACCCGCGUCAAUGAUUCCCAAAAUCGGCAAACGGUACAAGGACCUCCCCGAGGGCACCCGCAUUGAAAUAUGUCCCGAUGCUGAGCUUUUCAUGAUGAAAAUCGCCCAGCUAGUCGCUGGAUCUGCACUUGACAAUAAGCUGGGGGGAGGAAGCGAAGGAAAAGAAGGAGAAGGUAGCGAUGAAGGUGCUGCACUUGUUGUAGAUUACGGUCCAUCAUCUGGUAUCCCCGAAAACACCCUCCGCGGCAUCUACAAACAUAAAUUUGUUUCCCCCUUUUACAAACCGGGUGAAGUGGAUCUAUCCGCCGAUGUCGAUUUUGAAAAUUUGAAAAAUGUGUCGCUGACGGUGUGCGAUGUGUUUGGACCUAUUCAGCAAGGCGACUGGUUGCAUAAUAUUGGCGUGGGGUACCGUAUUGAUCAAUUGAUCAAGAAAAACAGCCAUGAUGAAGAAACGCAGGAAAAAAUUUACGGUGCAUACAGGAGACUAGUUGACGAUGAGGAAAUGGGUAAAAUUUUCAAGUUCAUGGCAGUCUUGCCCAAGGGAUCGGACAAACCAGUGGGGUUCUGA